CUUACCUCAGCAGCAACAUGCACAGCCAUGGCCAACGCUCAGGCUCCUUUCUCCUUUCCUCUGGCCCACUUCCUCGUCUUCAUCUUUGUGACUUCCACCAUCAUCCACCUCCAGCACAGAAUAGUGAAGAUUCCACCUCUGUCAGAGAUGCCCAUAGGAGACGCAGCAGUCACAGAGAUGCCAGGGAGUGGCGAGAUGCCAGGGAGUGGCCAGCUACAGGGCAUGUUCACCAUCAAUUCCAUUGGCCGCCUGGGGAACCAGAUGGGCGAGUAUGCCACGCUGUUCGCCCUGGCCAGGAUGAACGGAAAGCCCGCAUUCAUCCCCGCGUCCAUGCACAGCGCCCUGGCGCCCAUUUUCAGGAUCAGCCUGCCGGUGCUGCACAGCGACACUGACAGGAAGAUCCCGUGGCAGAACUACCACCUCAAUGACUGGAUGGAGGAGCGGUACCGCCACAUCCCGGGGCGCUAUGUGCGCCUCACAGGGUACCCGUGCUCCUGGACCUUCUACCACCACCUGCGCCCUGAGAUCCUGCAGGAGUUCACCCUGCACGACCAUGUGCGUGAGGAGGCCCAGGCUUUCCUGCGUGGCCUGCGGGUGAAUGGGAGCCAGCCGAGUACGUUUGUGGGUGUCCAUGUGCGCCGGGGGGACUAUGUGCAUGUCAUGCCCAAUGUGUGGAAGGGCGUGGUGGCUGACCGCGGUUACUUGGAACAGGCCCUGGACAGGUUCCGGGCACGUUAUCCAUCUUCAGUCUUCGUGGUCACAAGCAAUGGUAUGGCCUGGUGCAAGGAGAACAUCGAUGCCUCCCGAGGGGAUGUGGUGUUCGCUGGCAAUGGUAUCGAGGGUUCGCCAGCCAAGGACUUUGCACUCCUCACCCAGUGCAACCACACCAUCAUGACUAUUGGAACCUUCGGGAUUUGGGCGGCCUACCUGGCAGGUGGGGACACCAUCUACCUAGCCAACUACACCCUUCCCGAUUCUCCCUUCCUCAAAAUCUUCAAGCCAGAGGCAGCCUUUCUACCCGAGUGGGUGGGCAUCCCGGCAGACCUGUCCCCACUCCUUAAGCACUAACACGAGCCAAUCCUUGGUUCCCCUUCUAUCUCUAAGCAGGAGGAGCUAUGGGUUAGACUCACAAGAAGAACCUUCUCUCUGGAAGAAGUGUG